AAAAAAUCCAUUUUCCCGUCCUGCCUAACUUCCAAAAUACGCCUCCAGCCUUAUCCCCAGUUCCCCACAUAUAUAAAACCCUAGCCCCCAUUUCUCCAUCCCAAAGCGCGCCUUAAACCUGUUCGACGAAAUUCCCGUGAGAGAGUUCAAAACCCAGGGGGAGGCUAGAGAGUGGAGGAGAGAAAAAGAUGUAUGUCGUGAAGAGAGACGGGAGGCAGGAGGCCGUCCACUUCGACAAGAUCACCGCCAGGCUGAAGAAGCUCAGCUAUGGCCUCAGCAUCGACCACUGCGACCCUGUACUGGUUGCGCAGAAGGUGUGCGCGGGUGUUUACAAGGGCGUCACCACCAGCCAGCUUGACGAGCUGGCCGCGGAGACUGCCGCCGCCAUGACCGCUAACCAUCCUGAUUACGCCUCCUUGGCUGCGAGGAUUGCUGUGUCGAAUUUGCAUAAGAACACGAUGAAGUCGUUCUCUGAGACUGUGAAAGUGAUGUACCAUCAUUUCAAUGAGAGAUCUGGGUUGAAGGCUCCUUUGAUUGCUGAUGAUAUUUAUGAGAUCAUUAUGCAGAAUGCAGCUCGAUUGGACAGUGAGAUAAUCUAUGACAGGGACUUUGACUACGAUUACUUUGGAUUCAAGACCCUGGAGAGGUCAUACCUGUUGAAGGUCCAGGGGAAGGUUGUAGAAAGGCCUCAGCAUAUGCUGAUGAGGGUUUCUGUUGGAAUUCACAAAGAUGAUAUUGAUGCAGCCCUCAAAACGUAUCACUUAAUGUCACAACGAUGGUUUACUCAUGCUUCUCCAACACUUUUCAAUGCUGGAACACCAAGGCCUCAAUUGAGCAGCUGUUUCUUAAUCUGCAUGAAGGAUGAUAGCAUUGAGGGAAUAUAUGAAACCUUGAAGGAGUGUGCUGUAAUCAGCAAAUCUGCUGGAGGGAUUGGUGUUUCUGUUCAUAAUAUCCGUGCUACUGGUAGCUAUAUUCGUGGGACUAAUGGGACAUCCAAUGGCAUUGUACCAAUGCUAAGAGUGUUCAAUGACACUGCACGAUAUGUUGAUCAAGGAGGGGGCAAGAGGAAAGGAGCUUUUGCUGUGUACCUGGAGCCAUGGCAUGCUGACAUCUUUGAUUUUCUGGAUCUCAGGAAAAAUCACGGAAAGGAAGAGAACCGUGCAAGGGAUCUGUUCUAUGCACUUUGGGUGCCAGAUCUCUUUAUGCAAAGAGUCCAAUCAGAUGGGACAUGGUCUUUGUUUUGUCCUAGUGAAGCACCUGGUUUGGCUGACUGUUGGGGUGAAGAAUUUGAGCGGUUGUACACCAAGUAUGAAAGAGAUGGAAAGGCCAAGAAGGUUGUUCAAGCACAGAGUUUGUGGUUUGAAAUACUAAAAUCUCAGAUUGAAACUGGAACCCCUUACAUGCUCUUUAAGGAUACUUGCAACAGAAAGAGCAACCAGCAGAAUCUGGGUACAAUAAAAUCAUCCAAUUUGUGCACUGAGAUCAUAGAGUAUACAAGUCCAACGGAAACUGCUGUGUGCAAUUUGGCAUCAAUUGCACUUCCACGCUUCGUUAGAGAAAAGGGAGUAUCAUUGGAAUCACAUCCAUCCAAGAUUGUGGGAAGCAGAGGCUCUAUGAGCAGAUAUUUUGAUUUUGACAAAUUAGCUGAGGUUACGCAAGUUGUGACUUACAAUCUCAACAAAAUCAUUGAUGUGAACUACUACCCUGUUGAGACUGCAAGGAGGUCAAAUAUGAGGCAUAGGCCCAUUGGAAUUGGAGUUCAAGGCCUUGCAGAUACCUUUAUUUUGCUAGGCAUGUCAUUCGACUCCCCAGAGGCUCAACAGUUGAACAAGGAUAUAUUUGAGACAAUCUAUUACCAUUCCCUGAAAGCUUCAAAUGAGAUUGCUGCAGUAGAAGGUCCUUAUGAGACAUAUCCAGGAAGUCCUGUCAGUAAGGGAACUUUGCAGCCAGACAUGUGGGGCGUGACUCCCUCAGCUCUAUGGAACUGGGACAUUCUAAGGGACAUGAUAUCAAAGAAUGGAGUCAGGAAUUCACUUCUUGUAGCACCAAUGCCUACUGCCUCAACCAGCCAGAUUCUCGGAAACAAUGAAUGCUUCGAACCGUAUACUUCCAACAUCUACAGUCGCAGGGUUCUGAGUGGUGAAUUUGUCGUAGUCAACAAACAUCUUCUCCACGACCUGACCGAGAUGGGUCUCUGGAAUCCAGCCCUCAAGAACAAAAUAAUCUAUGAAAAUGGUUCCGUCCAGAAUCUGCCCGAAAUCCCUCAUGACCUCAAGCUUAUAUACAAGACUGUCUGGGAGAUCAAGCAGAGGACGCUCGUCGACAUGGCAGCUGAUCGCGGUUGCUACAUCGACCAGAGCCAAAGCCUUAACAUCCACAUGGACCAACCCAAUUUCGGGAAGCUCACUUCCUUGCAUUUCCAUACAUGGACCAAGGGUCUCAAGACGGGAAUGUACUAUCUGAGAUCGCGUGCAGCAGCUGAUGCCAUCAAGUUCACCGUCGACACUACUGAUCUCAAGGACAAGAAGCUGAAAGUUGAGGAGGUUGAAGACGAUGGCACCAAGAUGGCGCAGAUGGUUUGCUCUUUGAACAACCGUGAUGAGUGCCUAGCCUGCGGGAGUUGAACAAACAAAGGUCUCGCUAGCUCUCCCGGCGGCGGCCGUCGGCGUAUCAACCCCAACGCCGGCCCAAGCUCUUCCAGAACAAACGUCUCUAAUCUCCGACAAGUCAGUCCAAAUUCCGCUCUUUUCUCAACUCGAUCGUUUUCGUCGACUCGCUGCAAGUCACUCUCUUCGCCGGGGGCUUCAAAUCGGAUUCUCCCCCUGCUUCAAUUAAGAUCGUCGCCGGCGACCAGUGAGAGACGGCCCAUCGUCCCUGCUGUUGUAAUUGAGUUCCGCCGAUGCACUAGUGCUGUACCAUUGUGGAGUUGUAUUAAGUUAUUAACCUCAGAUGUCAAGGCCCGGCGGCGGCGGCGGCUUCAAGAAUAAACGUUCCUAUGGUGCCGGUGGUUUUAAAGCACCACAAGAUCCCUACAUCUUGUUUCCUGAAGUUAAAUUGCCUGAUCCGAAAAAUGUGAAGGAGGAGAAGAACCUGGUUGUUGUGAAUGCAAAGUUCCAAGCUUUCUGGAAAGCUUCUUGUUACUACCUAGAAGAAGCUACGGAUGCUGGUCCAAAGAAGAGCUGGAGCAUGGAAGUAGAGAGAUUCGCUGACAGGGGGAAGCCGAAGGUCACAUCGAAGCGUAGUUCGCUCGAUGAGUUUCUGCAGUUUGGAUCUGAUUAUUUCCCCAAGGAACUUGUUGGAGGAAAGAAGAUUGUGAGGAGAUCGAAGAAAGCGCGAUGGGACCAGGCUAUGGAUGCCCUUGAGACUCUUGAAGACAAAGAGGCGAAAAAGAAAGCCGUGGGUGGCCAGGAGAAAGAAGGUGAAGAAGAGGAAGAGGAAGAAGAAGUGGAAACAUUCGAGGAGGAAGAUUUCAGCGACGAUGACUAUAAUCAGAAUGAGUACUUCGACGACGAUGAAGAUGAUUUCAACGUCGAUGCUGGUGAUGAUGAGGGCCCUUUAUAUUGAAGGUUACAACGACGCACGUUCCUCCACUCGGAUCCGUUCGUUCUACCAUUGAAUAUAGCUCGAAGAACAAUCGUAAUCGUAUUUUUUACAGGAGUCGGGAUCAUGUUAGUAUUUGUGAGAGAUUGAAUAGAGAGCGUUUCAAUGUUAUGUACAAAUUAUCGUUCUAUAUGGUUUAAACAAUGAGUUGGUUUCAAUGAAUAUUAUCAGUCAUCAUUCGCGUAACAAAACA